UUAUUAGUUGUUUGUGUGAAGGUUUUCCUCUUCCCUUGGCCUUCAAGUUACGAUCUUUUUAGAGAGAGAAUUUGAGAAACUUUAAGAAAAGGGGGAGAGAUUGGCGUUUGGUUUUUCGAGAUUUCGGCUGUUAGAAAGAAACCCAAAAGUCCUGAUUUUGCUUGCAAUUAUAUAUUUAUAUAUAUCUUUUCUGAGAGAUAGAGAUAGAAAGAUAAAAUACUUCUACAAAUUUUUCUUUCUCCGUUAUCCAAAUACCCGAAUACCCUUUUCAUCUUCCCUUUAUUCUCUCUUUUUUCAGAUAUUUUUCCUGAUGAUUUCUUUCCCAAAUCCCCUUUCUAAAUCUGUUUUCAACUUAAUCUUCAUCAGUUUGUACUAUAUUUUAUUGUUUUCAUUAUUUCAAAAAACUUGUUCUGAUUUCAUUUGAUUUUUAUCUUCUUUCUGUUUUUAUUUGAUUUGUUUUUCAUUCUUUUCCCAAACUUUAAAAACUUUCAGGAUAAAAAAGGUGCUUCCAAUUUUGUAUCUUUAUUUUUCUGGGUUAUUGAGAUUUUCCACCCUUUUUCUUUUUGUUUAAAACUGGGUGCUUCCUUCUAAUCAAUUAACAGAUCAGAGAAUUGAACAGUUUGGAGAUUCUUUCUUUUUGGUUUUAUAUGUGAGGCCUCAAGGGGUCCGAUGAUUGCUGAUACGUCGAUAGAGUUGUAUAUUGAAUGUCUUAAAUUUAGAAGGGCUGUUUCUUUCCUUUCAGUAGUAAUUGCUGGGGAUUGAAGAAGAAACAGCCUGGGGUUAUGAUUAAAGUGGAUGUUGGAGAAUUGGUGAUUCUUGUAUUUUGGGUAUUAGCUAUUUUUCUUACUUUGAUUCUGGGGAUGAGGAAUGAUGGAACUCUGAAACAACAGGGAACUGUAGCCCGCUCUGGCCGGGCUCAUGAGUUCUUAUCAACUUCCUUUCGUGCUUUUUCUAGUUACAUGAAGAUUGUUUCUGCUGGGGCAUCCAACGUUGCUCGGUCGGCUGCUUCAGUGGCAUCUUCUUUGGUGGAUAAGGAUGAUGAAGCGAAUGCAUUCCAGGUGAAUUGGGCUGGCUUUGACAAGUUAGAGUGGGACGACAAUGUCAUUCGACAGGUUCUUCUGUUGGGUUUUCGUUCUGGUUUCCAGGUUUGGGAUGUUGAGGAAGCAAAUAAUGUCCAAGACCUCGUUUGUCGGUAUGAUGGUUCUGUUUCAUACAUGCAAGUUUUACCCAGACCAAUACCAUCAAUGAGAUCAGGAGAUAAGUUUGCAGAAAGUAGGCCAUUGCUUGUACUUUCUGCUUAUGGUUCCAUUGCUGCUAAUUUUAACAUUCAGGAUCGAUUAGCCUCUUCUGGCAAUGUCGCCAUCCCAAAGAGCCAGGAACUAGUAGAUGGGAAUUUUAUGCCUACAUUUGUUAGGUUUUAUUCCUUGAAAUCUCAGACUUAUGUGCACGAGCUUAAAUUUAGAUCAGCUGUUUAUUCAGUGAAAUGCAGCCCCCUGGUUGUUGCCAUCUCUCUGGCAACUCAGAUACACUGCAUCAAUGCUACAACAUUGGAGAAGGAACAUAUCAUUCUUACAAAUCCUGUAGUUUCUGGUUUUCCUGGAUCUGGAGGAGGUAUAGGUUAUGGACCCCUCGCAUUGGGACCCAGAUGGCUGGCUUAUAGUGGAAGUCCGAUCUUGUUGUCAAAUACAGGACGAGUGGUUCCGCAGCAUUUAAAACCUUCUGCAAGUUUUUCUCAUUCUUCAAAUGGAAGUUUAGUUGCUCACUAUGCAAAGGAGUCGAGUAAGCAACUUGCAGCAGGCAUUGUUACCCUUGGCGACAAGGGUAUUAAGAAACUAUCGAGAUAUUACUCUGAGCUUUUACCUGAAAGCAAUAAUUCUCUUCAAUCAGGCGCUCAGGGUUUGAAGGGCAUUGGAACUCUUAAUGGCCAUGUGGCAGAUGCAGAUAGCAUUGGAAUGGCUAUUGUGAAAGACAUUAUCAGCAAAGCGGUCAUCACCCAGUUUAAGGCACAUAAGAGCCCAAUUUCUGCUUUAUGCUUUGAUCCAAGUGGCACUAUCUUGGUGACUGCUUCUGUUCAGGGUCAUAGCAUAAAUGUUUUCAAAAUUAUGCCAAGUUCCAGCUCGAAGUCAUCUGUAUCUGGUGCUGCUGCAUCUUAUAGCCAUUUGUACAGACUCCAAAGAGGCUUCACUAAUGCAGUCAUACAAGACAUCAGUUUCAGCUACGAUAGCAACUGGAUCAUGAUUAGUUCUUCUAGAGGGACAAGCCAUCUUUUUGCUAUAAACCCUGCUGGGGGACAGGUGAAUUUCCCAUCUGCCGACAUUAUUGCUAGAAAUGGUGGGCCAGUGGUUCCUUCACGGCAAACUGUUCGACGAGUUGAUUCUGGUUUGCACAUGCCUAGUAAACAGAACCAAGGCUCUACUGGUAGUCCACUUACACUUUCUGCUGUUACUAGAAUACAUCAUGGAAGUAAUGGCUGGCGAGGCACUGUUAGUAGUGCUGCAGCUGCUGCAACUGGUAAAAUGGGUAUUGUUUCGGGGGCUAUUGCUUCAGCUUUCCAUGAGUGCAAGGGAAAUGCUGUGCAUGUGGACAAUGGAUCUUCUGAGGUUAGGUACCACAUAUUAGUUUUUUCUCCGUCUGGCAGUAUGAUACAGUAUGCAUUGCGAGUGGGUUUAGAUUCGACCAUAGUUUUGCCGAGAUCUAGCACAGCUCUUGAAUUAGUCUCUGAGUUGGAUGCAAGACUAGUAGUUGAAGCUAUCCAGAAAUGGAAUAUAUCUCAGAAACAAAACCGUAGGUCUCAAGAUAACAGCAUUGACAUAUACGGUGACAAUGGAGGUUUCAAUUGCAAUAAAAAUUAUUGCGAAGAAAUGAAUGGGAACCCUGUCCUUGAAGCAGGUGGCAAUAUCUUUAAGGCAAAGGCUUGCAGGGAGGAACGAUACCACCUGUAUAUUUCAGAAGCAGAACUGCAGAUGCAUGCUGCUCGAACUCCACUGUGGACAAAGCCUGAGAUAUAUUUUCAAGUAAUGGGAAGAGAUGGAGUCAAAAUUGAUGAAAUUGACCAUCCAGGAGAACUCGAUAUUGAAAGGAUUACCACUCGUAUGGUUGAAGCUAGGUCAAAAGACCUAGUUCCAGUUUUUGACUAUCUUCAGUCAUCUAAAAUUUCACAGCCAAGGUAUUUAAAUAGCAACAGUGACCAGCUGUUGCAGCAACAGAAAUCUGGCCAAUUUGAAAAUGGAAGGCAAUCGUGGAGGAGUGCAGCAAAUCCCCAAGACUCUGUUUUUGGGAAUGGACGUGAAGUAACCGGUGGGCAUGGUUACAAGGUGGUGACAGAAACCAAGGGCAUUGUAAAUGAGCCUGAAUGCCCAAGGUCUCAGACCCAGUUCAGUAAUGUAAAUAGUUGUACAGAGAGCAUAAGCAUGGAGUCUCAGCCCAAAUCUGUAAAUAAUCAUCAUAAAAGUGUCCUCGAGGUGGAGAAUCAUUUUGAAGACCUAGGUGAUGAGUUUGAGUAGAGGUAAAUAAUUCUAGAAACUUUGGUCAACUCUCAUCUCUCUAGGUAAUAUAUCUUGUUGAUGAAGUGUUGGUCUCAUAACAAUGGUGUUUUUUUUAAUCAUCACUCUGGUUUGCAGUUUAUUCUUUUAUUUCUCCUGGAAGUUUUAUUAAUGGGUAUAUAUGGGAAAUGUAGAGGAGUUAAGAUGGGAAAUACAGUGUUUUAAUGGCUUUUCAUUUAAUGGUCCUUUUGUAAAUAACACAGUUAUAUGAUCUCCACUCCAACUAGCAGUUUUAUAAUGUAAAUAAUAGAACUGCCAUUAUAACUGGUAUGAAGUUAUGAAUCAUUUGAAUGUGAUUCACUGUGUGACAGUGGACAUGAGCAUUUAUGUUA